AUGUGGAUAGUAGUGAGUUUUGAUGAUGAUAACACAGUGGAGUGUGUACCAAAUUUUUGGUAUAAAAAUAAUCUAUGUGCUUGGCCGAACAAAACUGUAAAAUACCACACGAAAAUGAUUGAACGUCGUUAUAAUCCAAAUAAUCUGGAAUUUGAUUUCUUCAAAGCAAGAAUAUUAACAAAAAAUAUUGAUAAUUUGUCUGAAGCCAGAAGAAAAGCUAAACUUGCUGAAGAAACAUCUGAACUAUCCUCUGCAGCUAAUUAUGAUAAGGAAUCCAGAAAAAUCAGACAUAAAAAAUUGAAUUCAAGUAGCGAGGAAAUCUCAUGUAAUGAAAACCGCGAAAAAAACCAUAGACUAAGUCAGAAGAAAAAUGUUAGAAGUUUUUCAAUUCUUGAUAAUCCCCCUCUAUUUAAUGUUGACUUUGAUGAAGAUAGUAGUUAUGAACACCAUCAUAAUCCAAUUAAUCAAAAGACUACUUCAAUGCAUUCAGGUUCACCAAAAAAAGCUCAUAAGAAUUUAGUGGAUGGUUUGACUUCACCAACAGAAAAUUUGAACGUAAGCCAAAAGGAAAUACAUUCAACAAAUUCUAAUGAUAGACAAUUUGGCUUAAACUCUAUGGCAAAUACCCCAGGUUCAUCUAAAAUAUCCAAGAAAGGUUAUUAUAAUAACAGUUCAGAAUCUUGGUCGAGUUCACCAUUAGAAAAUUUGAAUACAAGUCAAACAAAUAUACAUUCAAAAAAUUCUUAUGAAAGACAAUUGAGCCUUAUCGAAAACACUCCAGGUUCUUCUAAAAUAUCCGGGAAAGUUAUAAAUACAGAAUCUUGUUUGAGUUCACCAUCAGGAAAUUGGAAUGUUACUCAGGAUAAUAGUGCUGUUUUGGUGAAAUCGAACAGAUGUAAGAGACGUAUAGAUUUCAAUUCAAUAGUGAACACUCAUCCAGAUUCUUCUAAGGUAUCUAAUGAUAGAAAUAUUAAAAACACAUCUAAUGAAAAAAUAGAUUUACUUCUUCGAGCUGUUACCAAUUUGAAAUAUGAAAUGAGAGAACAUGGCAUUAAAAUUGAAAGACUGGAACAAACCAUAGUUAAUAACUGCUUAAACAAGAAGAUGAUAGUUGAUUACAAUGAUAAUACUACAGAUGAUAUGUUUGAUUUUCCAAUAAAAACUUUAGAAGAACUAAGUAUAUUUGAAGACAAAUUAAUGGAUAAUAAUUUUAGACUUCAAAUGAUAAAUUAUCUAUCCAGAUUGGAACGUCCAAAGGUAGCUGAUAUGACAAGACAAAUAAUGGCCAAAGUUUUUCAUAAUAAUAUACUCUCUGUGCAUUCUUAUAUCGGACAAAAAAAGAAAAAUGUGUUUUCCGUGCUCAAUUCUUGUUCAUUAAUAUUUGCAACUAUAAGAAACAUACCAAAACAUAGAAACUGUACAGAUCUUGAAAUUGUUGGUCCAUUAAAAAUGUACAUGGCUAAUGCCAAAUUCCGCGAAGAAAAAAAGCAGCAAUCCAUCUCUAAUGCAUAG